AUGGUCGAGAUGAGAUCGGCGGCCUCGACCUCGUCGAGUCAUCCCAUCUCUCCCUUGCUACCCGCUGUACUGGGGUCCAAGACGCGUGCGCAUCCGUCGUCGUACCAUUGCUUCAUCGACUCGCCCUACGCCGCUGCCUCUACUUCGACUUCCCAGUCAUCCCAAAAGGUUUCCAAGAAGGGAAAACAGAGUGCAUCGACUCCGGCUCUCUUGCAAGGUGCGAUUCCCGUACGAACACUACACCAGAACCUCUUGACCUGGUUCGACACCGUUCGCGAAAAGCGACAAAUGCCCUGGCGCAAAGACCUCAUCAUCGAAACUAUGUCGACUUCGGAAAAGACCCAGCGAGCCUACGAAGUCUGGGUCUCGGAAAUCAUGCUCCAACAAACCCAAGUCGCCACCGUAAUACCUUAUUUCAACCGAUGGCUUCUCGCUUUCCCUACCGUGGGUGAUUUGGCGAAAGCGGAUAUCGAGAAGGUGAACGAGAUUUGGAAAGGGUUGGGGUAUUAUUCGAGGGCGAAUCGAUUGUUGGCGGGGGCAAAGACGGUGAUGAAACAGUUUGAAGGGAGGAUACCCGCUACGGCGGAGGAUCUGGAGAGGAUUGAUGGGAUUGGUCCUUAUUCGGCGGGAGCGAUUUCUUCCAUCGCUUUUGGGAAGACGGCGGCGAUGGUUGAUGGCAAUGUGAGUUAUCGGACGUGUACACUCUCGGUCCUAAUCCUACACUCAUCUUGCACGCUUCCUCCAUGGCACAGGUCACUCGAGUCCUCUCUCGCCUUACAGCCUUCCACGGCCCUUCAACAUCCAAAGCAACGACGACCUACAUCUGGGCCCUCGCCGCAACGCUUGUACCACCGCAAACUUCCAAGCUUCCCCGAGACUACGAAGCCCUUUCAGUAGGAGGACCCAACAAGUCUGGUAGCUGGAAUCAGGCAUUGAUGGAACUUGGGGCGACGAUUUGUACGCCGAAACAACCCAAAUGUGCGGAGUGCCCGCUCAAGGGGGAAUGUUCUGCUUUUGCCGAAGUGGGUUGCGAGUGAGGCUUUGGAUGCGAUUCCUUUAAGUAUCAACUGAAGUGGUUCUCGAUCGCAUUUCUUGACAUAGGUACGCUAUGCCCAAAGCCAACAAAUUCAGCAACCCAAAUCGCCUCGAAAAGAAGACGUAGGUGACAUCGAAGACCUCUGCCAACUCUGUUCCCCGAUCGAGAGCUUUGCCCCGCGAACACACGACGUGAUGCAGUACCCCAUGGCGAAAGAACGCAAAAAACCACGCGAGGAAGAGACGGCGGUGUGUAUUCUUGAAUGGCAAUCCGAGGAUCCGAAGAAGGAGAAGGAGGUUUUGAUGUGUAAAAGACCGGAGAAAGGUGAGGGUCGUGCCAGAUUUGUUAGGAUGCCGCGCCUUUCGUUCGAGUGCUCAUGCUUUGAUGUCUUCAUUUGUUCCUCAUAGGUCUCUUGGCGGGUUUAUUCGAAUUUCCUUCAAUUGACCUACCUCCCUCGUCCGAAGCAUCGACAUCUACUUCGCGUCGAAAACUUCUUCAACGAUUAUUGCAAACCCUCAUCCUCGACAGCCUUCCCUUCAACGCUUCCUCGUCUUCGACCUCCACAAGUCCACUCACUAUCAAGCAAAAUGACCCCCUCCCUCCGGCUGUCCAAGUUUAUUCGCAUAUGAUCAGGACGUAUCAUCCCAUUCGGAUCGUCGUAACGAGUGCUCAAAGACCCCGUUUAGUCGAAGUUGAGCCAAAGUCGAAGAUGUCCAAGAAACCACCGCGGAAGAAGAAGAACGGAGCCUCGUGCUCUUCCGACGAGGACGACGACGACGAAGAUUCAACGACGACAGAACUGAUCCAAUCCAUUCCUGGUCGAAGUAGGUGGAUCGUCGCUUCGGAGGUGGAGAAUGCGAAUACGGGAGGGGCGAGUGAUAAGAUUUGGGGGAUGAGGAUGAACGUUGAAAAGGGGUUGAAGGCUUUGGUGGGGAGUGAGAAAGGGAAGGGUGGGGGAGGGAAGGGGAAGGGGACUGGGAAGAAGGAGAAGGAGGUUGUGGGAGGAGGGAGCAAGCGCGAACAGGGUUUGAUGAGAAAUUGGUUGGUCAAGCCUAUUGAGGGGGGCAAAAAGAGGGGUGCGACAAAGGAGAAAGAAGAGGUCAAGGAGGAGGAGGAUGAGGUGGUGGUGAUGGUGGAUGAAGAGAUCAAGGUGGUGGAGAGCAGUCCCGGGAAAGUUUAUAAAAAAAGGAGAAUCGUGAUUGAUAGUGAUGAAGAGGACGAAUCCAUUUUGGUUGAUGUAGAAUGA